ACCUGAGAUGCUCUGCUAUGUACUGGGAUGCAAUGCCCUGCAAAGGUGCAGCAGCCUGCAAGCUAGCCAUAGUGCAAGGCUCUACAGGAUGGGGAACUGAAGAGCUUCCAUUGGUUGGUGUAUGGAAAAGGUUUAUAAUAAUGUUCCUCUGGAUCCUGCUGAGUGUUUUCUGCGUCAUUGCAGCCCAGCCACGCAGUGUCUCUUUCUCUGGAGAGUAUGGCGGAGGUGGCGGUAAGCGCUUCUCACACUCUGGGAACCAACUGGAUGGACCAAUCACAGCCCUGCGAGUGCGCGUCAACAGAAACUACAUUGUGGGCUUGCAGAUCCGAUAUGGCACAACAUGGUCACAGUACGUGGGGGGAUCUUCUGGAGAUAUGGAGGAGAUUUUCCUGCACCCGGGCGAAUCCGUGAUCCAAGUGUCAGGGAAGUACUCGAGCUACGUCAGAAAGCUGGAGUUUGUUACUGAUAAGGGCCGUCGGUUUCCAUUUGGCAAAGAUUAUGGGACCAGCUUUAACGCCGUACCCCUUUACCCCAGCACUGUACUGCGCUUCUUCAGUGGCAGCUCAGGUUCUAUCAUCGACGCUAUCGGCUUCCACUGGGACCAUCCCAUCAGUAGCUGCGUGCACUGUAAGGGCGAAUAAAAGUAACUGCAAAGCAUUGCUCCUCCAACCCUAAUCCCCUGCAAUUUAUCACUGCACUUCCAGCAGUGCCCCAAUUCCAUCACAAUGUGCAGAGUGUCGCACACUGGACAAGCGCAAGGUUAUUCUCCUGUCUGUGCCCCAUAUCCCAACUCUGUAAACAACCGUAGCUCCUCUGCUGAAAUAAAACCUGCAACAUUAACACCUUUGACCUGAUUGUAUUUUAAACUAAUGAUUGUCCUGGUGCUUUCUGUGUCCCAGGACAUGUCACAGAAAAUCUGGAAUUGAAGGUGUUGGGUGCAGGGCUGGCUGUGGAGAUUAUGGAUUUUCCUCUAACUGGCCCAAAAUUAAGGAAGCACGAGGUCUGUUCUUUCAGAUGUCUGCUUCAGCACUCCAUAACACUGAAUGCUUGUGAUGCUGAGCUCCAGGAUAUGACGUUAGGUGUUACUGAUCAUAAGAAUUUAGAAUAUGUCAGCAAAGCUAAGAGACUAAAUCCAGCCUUGUUUGUCAUUGUUUCUUUCUCAUUUCAAUUUUGUUAUUUUAUAUCAUUAGAGAUUAAAGAAUUUAACACCUUAA